GCUGCGGCGCUCCUUUUUCCAUCACCAGUUGUUCAACACGCGCGCGCUCCGUCUCUGUUUUCUUUUUCCGAAUAACCUGCGCGCUCCCUCCGACUUCCAGCGGUGCGCAGUGGCCUUUCUUUGUGGCUUCCAGCGGCUGUGACUGGGCGAGCGCCGACGCUGCUCUACUACAGCUGCCCAGGUCUUCGUCGGGCACUUUGCCAGCGACGUGCACCAACCAGGGUAGAAUUUUCUGCAAAACCACAAAAUGGCUCAGGCCGCAAGGCUGAAUCUGAGAAUGCAGAAAGAGAUUAAGCUUCUAUUGGAUGAUCCACCCCAUGGGGUUUCUCUUAAUCUUUCUGAAGACAAAAAUGUCUUGUCAUCGUUAUCAAGUAUCGAAGCCAAAAUUGAAGGACCCGAGGGAACAGUUUAUGCCAAGGGAGUUUUCAUUUUGAAGAUACAAAUUCCUGAAAGGUACCCUUUUCAACCACCGAAUGUGACUUUUGUUACUCCCAUUUAUCAUCCCAAUAUUGACAAUGGAGGACGCAUUUGCCUUGAUAUUCUCAAUUUGCCCCCAAAGGGAGCCUGGCAACCAUCACUCAACAUUGCUACUGUGUUGACAAGCAUUGGCUUGCUGCUAAGUGAGCCAAACCCGGAUGAUGGGUUGAUGGCUGAAAUAAGCCGAGAAUACAAAUACAAUAGACAAGUAUUUGACACAACUGCUCAGUUAUGGACAGAUAAGUAUGCUAGUUCUGCUGCUGUUGGUGCUAGCGGUUGGUGUUCUGUAGAUGCUGAUGUCCUGGCACAGAAUACACAGAUGGAGGACACAAAUAACCUGGGAUCACUGCCAAAUGUUUCUAAAAAAGUUUGUGAAGGGAAUCAAAGGAAGAUGCGGUUACUGGGACAAAAGUUAUCACUAAAGUAUGAAAGAUCUGAAGAGAGUAUGAAAACUGUCAAGCAAGACCCAGUUGCUAGCUACCUACCAUCCAUGGCAGGAUCCACUUAUCCUACUGCUUGUUUUUCAGAUGUUUCAGGCAGAAAGAAUGAUACUUCAGAGAACAUGUCUAUCAGUACUGAUAGUGGAGUGGUUUCAAAGCAAGAUCACCAAGGCCAUAAAAAGGAAUUGCAGUUACCUGGCCAGAGUCUUUUUGUUACCUCAGAAGCCCCUUGCAAAAGCAGCGAUGCCAGUGAUAUGCUAUCUAAUCAUCUUCCAAUAGAUGCAUCUGAUGCUAAAGAUCAUGUCAUGCAAUCUUCUGAUGGCAUUUUAGAGAAUAAUUCGGCAAGGAGAAUUGGCGGAUCAUCAGCUAGCGCAUAUAAAGCACCGGAAGGAAACCGAAGGAAUAUCAGGGCACUGAAGUUGUCACUGAAAUCAGUAAAGCCUGAAAAGAAAAACAACGAUCAAAAUGAAAAUAUGGCUCCAAACCAUCUGCCUUCACAGUCAAGCUUUAGCUAUUUGCAGAAAAGGCCCUUAGAUGCUGUUUCAAGGAAAAAAUUCGACGGAGGUCCUGCACUGGUUCAACAGAAUCCUAACACUGAGCAGAAACCAUCGAACACUAACAUGGUAUCAAAUGAAGAGCGCAACCAAGGUCUAAAGAUGCUGUGUUCACAACGCAGGAGGCUGUCACUGAAAUCGGAGCCGCGGCUGCCUAGAGUAGAAAAUGCCUGUGAAAAGGAGACUAAGCGACCCAAUAAUUUUCCUCUAAGCGAUGAGAAACUCAAUGAACUGCCAUCAUCUGAACCAAUCCCCAAAGGUGAACCCGUGGCACCCAGUGAACUCCCAUUUUCGGCGCCAGCAGUCCUCAAAAGUCAAACCAGGGCCCUUGGCUCUGCUGGUGGACAGAAAGACUCCAGCUCAGGCAAUUCCUGUGUCAAUGAAAACACGCUUGCCAUCGAGAAUGCUGUUGUUUCAGACAGUGAAGAUAGCGCAGACGAGCGUGAAAGGCCCCCAAGAUCAAGGCUAUCAUUGAUGCGGAGACGACUGGGUGGAAAGCUGAGGACUUAGUGUCACCGCAGAACUAUUUCUAUGCUGCGUUGUAAAUUCUUGGAAGGCGAGUAUUCCAAUUUGCUCAAACAAAUUGUGCCUGCGUUUGUGGUAGAUCAGGCCCUAUAGGUUAGUAUAUGUGUUAGAGAACUCUGUCGUCCUACAACGUCGUGGAGGGUGCUCUGUUGGUGGUACUCCUUUUGUUGGUAACGAAAUUUGAAGAACUAGAUUUUUCUUAUGCAAUUCAGUUUUAGCAGCUGCGUAUUGAGCAAGUAUUGGUGGUUCUACUUUUUUUUAACCAGAUGUUUCCGGAGGGCAUGUACAGUGUAGGAAUGCUAAGAGAACAGUGGAAGUCUUGUACAUGAUGGCAAGAUCCUU